GUUAUCACUGCCAAAAGAAUCUUCCAGCCCUGACCUGGCUUGCCACAGAAUCAUUCCAUGAGGGAUUCAACAGGCACUUUGUUUGCUUAUGAUUGUGUUACCUUCAGUUGGUCCUUCUGGGAUUAGGAUGACAAUUUUUACAAGAUUUUAAAGCAAGAUUAUCAAGUCUCUCUACUUCAAGUCUUUCAUUAAGUGAUUAUUAAGACCUGGCAAUAGCCUCCUGUUUUAUAUAGGCUCUGGAGAUAAUCAUCUUUGUCAAGAGAAGUUGGAGCAGCCAAAACCACCGGAAAUUGGAAUCCAUGAUGCGGUGGCUCUAUUGGCAUGUGCCAGCAAAGUUGAGUCUGGGAUUUCUGUGUCUCUUUCUGGUUUGGAACAUAGCUUCAUGCAUAAGAAGAGAAAACAAGAGAGAGAAGCAAGAAGCAGUGCUGGCUACUGCAGAGUUGCCUGCAAAGUCCGUGGAUCUGGCUGCUGUUAACCUGACCGAGCUGGUGAAUGGGAUGCUGAGCACGACACUCAGAGGUACCAAAAAGCUCUUCUCCUUGCUGAGUGUCACGUCCUACAGCUCGUUUGCCUUCCACAAAGUGUCAGUCACCAUUUAUAACAUUUCUGGCCUGAAAAAUGUUGACCCUGGCAAGUUCCCUAUGCAUUACUGCUACUGUUUAAACAAUGUGACAAAUGACUUGACAGAUUUCACUGCUUUACUUGUUGAUAUUAUUGGAAACUCAACCAGUUAUCUCACAGAAAUUUUCAAAUCUACUUCUAUUCUCUCAGUGCGUCAGAGCAAUGAUUCAGACUGUAUCUACAUCUGUGUGAUGACAGGUCAAACAGGGAGAAAUCUGUCUGACUUUUGGGAAAUACUAGAGAAAUCUCCUGUUAUUAAUUACACAUUUUCCAGUAACACAUCUUCUGACCUGGAUUUAGAUUCUGUUUUUUCAAGUUUCAUGAUAUCACAGGAAGACUCAAACAAAACUGUGGAUCCAUCAGCAGAACAUCCAUGGACAUUUAAAAGUACCAGCACUCCCCUUGCCCUGAAAGAAGAGGACAGUCCCAACACGAGGCCCCCACCAUGGGCAAAGAUGGUUAGUGCGAAGGCAUCGGGGUUUCCACCACUGCAUGUAGACACUUCAAGACCACGAGGCACAGCUGGAGUCCCUCCUGCUUCUGAGGGGACCUUAGUCACAUCACCAGCCUUGCAACCCAGCCCUGCUGAUGCGAACAUGCUUUGGGUGCAGACUGUGCCUCCUCAAGAUGCCAACAGUCAGAUACAAACAGAGCAAGAUUUGCCUUCUUCAGUUCUGUCUACUCCACCCUACCGACCUGGCCUGAUACUGAAGCUUCAUUCGGCUGCUCGGUGCCCACAGGCAAUACUCAAAGACCCAUACGUGACUUCACCGCCUGUCACCAUCAUGCUGCAGAAGAUCAAUCCCUGUCUGAUGGAGCUCUGCAGAUUUUUUCAGUUGUGCCUCUGUGUUGGCCAAAGAAGACAUUCCAUAAAGGAUGCCAUGAGGUACUGUGUUGAAUACUAUUCCUGGUUUUUGAAAAAUGCAAGUUAUGUCUGUGAAAGAGUGAAAAGAAUUGCUUACUCCCACACAUUAAAACAGAAAUGCCUUAAGAACAUCUGUAAAUCAAUCUAGAUCACUGAGGAAUUUUACUGCAGUUUGGGGAACGGUGGCAGUUUUAGUAGUCUUUUUCACUUCAGUGCAAGAAAAAUCAGAUUGACAUAGGUUAUUUGCAAAUAUGUGUAACAAGACAAGUUAUUAACCAGAUAUUAACAUAGAAAUCUGUCUUCCUCCAAAGCAAUGUGAAAAUGGUGUGGACAAACAGGUGCAUUUUUUACAGGUGUUGUACAUGCAAUAAAUAAAAAAAUAAAUAAAAUUGGAAGGCUUUGUAAAAUUGAAUUUUAUAAGGAUUCUUAUAUGGUGCAUGUAAUAUCUUUUGCUAGAAUAAUUAACAUAAUGUAAUCAAAGUGAACAAAUACGGAAAAUUGAAAAACAACCUGAAGUAUGAAAUAUUUCUGGAAGUCCCGAUUCCAAAUCAAGUGUCUCCCAUUACUUUAGUAACUCAUUUAGUUCAGAGCUCUACUAAGGAGAUAUUCACAUCUCACUCUGCGACACAUCUGUGUGAGCUUAUAUGUAUCUUGCUUGUAUGUACCUCUGUUGAACUAGAAGAUAAUCCUAAAAAAUGAAACAACAAUCAAACAAAUUACACAAUCCUAUAUUCUGCUUCACUGCAGCAACACGAUUCCUCAGUCAGCUCUAAGUAAAUGAUCAAGCCAUUAAAACUUCCAACAAAAGAAGAGUGUUUGCAGUGCAGAUGUUAUGCAUUGGUGUUUCAAUGAAGGUAUCUGUGUGUUCAACGUAUGUGUAUGUUAUUUGUUACAUUCAUUCCUAGCAUUACAUUUUUGGGAACUGAGGAAGAAGGACAUGCAAAGAUGAACAUAAGAGAGGAGGGAGAAAAUGAUUUUGAUUUUCUGUUUUCAGGCUUUAAUUGAAAGAAAAUAUCAAAAGAAAAAUAUUUGCAUAAAAAGUUGGAAAAGUUUUUUCUAUUUUUACAUGUUUGGCUUGUAUUGUUGUUCUCCAUGCUAUUGGAGGCUUUUGCAUUUGUAAGAAAUGAUUAGCUUCUGUAUUUCUCCUGAAAGAAAUGUGAGUCUUGAGACAGUGUUAACCUCCGUAGUAUGGUAAGCCUGAAUCAUGUCUGACAAUGUGUGUAGGUUACAGCUAUCUCCACUUUAAGAUCAUGGAAAGGGUUGAGAACUAAUGCUUGGUGUUCAUGGAGAGAGAAUUAGAAGGUGCCACGUAGCAGUGUCUGCCACUAUCUUGUGAAAAGAGCUAAUAUCACAUAUCCUGAAGGACAAUUUUCUUGUCACAAUUGUUCAAGACUUACUGCUUGAUUUGCCCCCAAGGAAAAUAAAAAAUAAUGGUUGAAAAAAAAGAAAAGA